AUGGCCCUGAAGCGUCGCGAUCUCGUCCUACUCGGCACGGGUGCAUUCAUUGCUUGGGGGUUGGCUGUGAGCUGGCUUCCGGUCUUACGAUACUUGGGCUAUGCAGUGCUUCUCGGGGCUUUUCUUUCGUUCUCCGCUCUUAUCGGUCUCAUCCUCUUUACCACACGAACUCCCAAGUCGCUAAGAUCGCCUUCGAAACUCCCCGCCGUCGCGUUCUUAUCUCCUCACCACUGGCAGAAUGAAGUCCAGACAUCCAAAACACGCGCAAUCUACCAACCGUCUUCACUUUAUCCACAAUCGUUCGUUGUUUCAGAGGGCAUCGACGAGCUGCUAAGUUUGAUCACUCGGGACUUCGUCGCUUCCUGGUACCAACGAAUCAGUCCAAGCCCGGUAUUCGUCAAUGAGGUCGACCGAGUGGUUCGAUCAGCAGUGGGAAACCUUCGUGACAGGCUGCUAUCCGAGGAUCUAGUUUCGCUUCUCGUCUCGCGCAUAUUUCCUAUCCUAACCGCCCACAUCAAGGAAUUUGAUGUCGCCGAACGCUCAGUACGGGGUCGACAUCUGACUCGCAAUGUUACCGAAUCGGAGGAGCUGGACCUCGCUAUUGCGAAGAAGUACCGUGAUGGCCAACUGCACCCUGCUGCAGCCCUAUCGUUUUCUGAUCAAAAGCUGGUGGAGCAGGAAUACCUGCGGAAGAUCGCGGUUGCGUUGUUACCGCAAUUAUUCCCUGAGAAUGUCCUGAAUAGCCGCAUUGUGUCGGUUUUGGUGAAGGAGAUAGUUGCAUGCGCCGUGCUCUUUCCACUCUUGUCGGCCUUGUCGGACCCUGAUACCUGGAAUCAGUUGAUGGAAGCCUAUGGCCGUUCGGCGAUUCAAGAUCGCAAGACGGUUCGAAAACUCCGGGCUGCUUUGGACGAGCAUGCCUCUCCGGUCCCAAAAUCGAAGCACGCCCAGGCCUUUCCACGACUAGGGCCCCAUGAUUCGGAACGGGCUUUUGAACGCUUUGUGAGGGCUAUCCGUCGCUGUAACAACCUGUCCGAUGCCAGACGCUUCAGAGCGCUAGUUGCAAGCCAACUGAAGCGGGAAACGAUGGUGGAAGGGCAGGACCCUGUCUACCUUCGCCGGCUUGAAACAGGAAAGAGAGUCUUGGAUCAGAAGGUAGCCAAACUUUCAACUCCUGGGAACUACCAGACAUCCCUCACUACGGCGGCCACUACCUACUUCCGUCCUACCAAGCCACCCCACACGCACGAAGCGUCGCUGGUAGACGUGAUGCAUGAUGCUUCCGGCCUUUCCUAUUUCAUGGAGUUCAUGGACCGACAACAGCUCAUGUCCCUUGUGCAAUUUUGGAUCGUAGUGGACGGGUUUCGUAACCCACUCGAGGAUGAUUUCGGCGAUGAGACGUCUCCAAGCUCUACAGCCUGGACGACAACGGACCGGAAUGACAUAGCCUUGAUUAGCGAGACAUACCUUGCAAAACCCGAGUUGAAAGUGACGGAUGAGUCUCGUCGGGCCGUGAAAGCAUUCUUGGCCGCUGGGAAACGUGCGACUCCAGAACAGUACCGUAAGGCUAGGACAGUGAUCUUGACCACUCAAUCGGCAGUCCUGGAGGAACUCCAGAGUACUUACUAUCCGAAAUUCAAGAAAUCUGACUUGUACUACAAGUACCUUGCAUCGGACGAAGCAUCAAACUCUGGGUCUCGUUCGACCCCAGGUCCUCAACCAAGCUCGCCUCUCACCGACGCGCCGGAGAGAAAGCCUCUCCCUCCUCUGCUGAGCCGCACCACGUCAAAUUCAGGAACCAGGCCAAAAGAUUUACGGAGGGCCGCCGUCUCCUCGAGUGACGUACGGGCCAUGGGUAAGCUAUUUGACGACGAUGAAUCGCCACGACGCUCCCUCGACUCGCAACGGUCAGCACCAUUAUUCGACGAUGACUAUGAUACUGAUCCACUCGCCAUGUCGACGCAAAGCCUUGGUAAAGACUCACAAAAUGGCGACAGUGAAACGAACCAGACCCAAGUCAUCGAAACCAUGGAAGCUGCAUUGAAUGAUAUCAUCACCAAUGAACCGAAAAACGGUAAAAUUGAGGAUCUCAAAAACAUCGAUAGUCCCACUUCUCGACUGUCGAGUAAUGAGAGGUCCCCGCGCAGCUCGGUAGAGUCAACGCGACCAGAGCAUCGCUCAGAGGAAAGAGGCAAACCAAGCAUUGCUUCACUUGGUCUCAUAGAUCAGUCUUCUCGCCUUGGCGUGUUUUCUGACGACCUGUUUCCCGACCAGCAGAGAUUCAUAGAAGACGAAUACGAGGAGCCUAUAGGAGCAGAAAAGGACCCGGCAGAUGAAGUUCAUGAAGCUGCUCCUGGAGACCUUGGUCUGACGGAAGCAAUCGAGGCCCUGACGGCAGAUAUUGACAAGCUUGCAUCUCAGGAGUCUGUAGUAGACACGCUGACGCGGAAGGCUGAACUCACGAACAAUACAGCAGAGCUCAGAAUUUUGCGAAAGUCCAAAGCCAGCAUCCAACGUGAGAUCCACCGCAAGGAGAUGCAGCGACAGCAGUAUAUCAUCCAGGAAAGCGACAAUAGCCUGUACGGCCGAUCGACCGUCCGAAUCAAAUCCAUUGUAGUGGGAAAAGAGGAGGAUGGUCGAGAGUUUGCUAUGUAUGUGAUUGAGGUGCAAAGGAACGCUGGAGAACAGAUGCCUGCAGCAUCCUGGGCUGUCGCUCGUCGAUAUAGCGAGUUCCAUGAGCUCCAUCAUAAGCUACGUUUGAGAUACCCAUCUGUGCGUCAUCUGGAAUUCCCACGGCGACGCAUGGUCAUGAAGCUCCAGAAAGAGUUCCUGCAGAAGCGACGCCUCGCGCUAGAAGCAUAUCUGCAGAAGCUGUUACUUCUUCCUGAGGUAUGCCGGAGCCGUGAUUUGCGAGCCUUUCUCUCCCAGCGUGCUAUUAUUCCUCGCGAUGAAAGCACCGGCGAUGGAGAGACCAAGGACCUUGUGACUCGGAUAUACAAUUCGGUCGCUGAUGGAAUGGACGAUUUCCUUGGAAACUUUGGCGUUCUGGACCAGCUCUCGACUGCUGGCCAGAGCCUGAUCUCGGCAGCCACUAGUCAACAGGCCAGCAGCGCGCCUGACUCAGGAUUAGCUACCGAAGACGCAGUAACUGCUGCAGAGGCAGAAGCCGAAUUGAAUGCAUUUGAGGAUCGUGAGCUAGAACCAUUCAUCAAGCCAAUCUGUGACUUGUUCCUCGAAGUUUUCGAGCUCAACAAAGGCAACAAUUGGCUACGAGGCCGCGCUGUUGUUGUUGUCCUCCACCAGCUGCUCGGCGGUACAAUCGAGCGCAAGGUCCGCGAGGGAGCGCGGUCACUAGUCCAGGAUGAAUCUCUCCUCCGGUAUCUCAGUCUGGCGAAGGACACCCUCUGGCCGGGCGGUGUUUUCCGCGAAAAUAAAAUCCGCACUGCGUCAGAGCGGCUGAAGAGUCGCGCCGAGGCCAGCCUUGUCCUAGCUACGCUUGUUCCCGACCUUGCAGGCAAUGUUGUGGGACGUGCCAAUGCGCAGGGAGCAGCUCGGCGGAUAUUUGCGACUCUGAACAAUCAGCGCCUAAACACUCAUUUGGUGUUUACGAUUUUAGAUGAGAUUGUGCUGGUCUUGUUUGGUGGUGCGGAAGCAGGACGAGCAAGAUGA